GGUGACAACAUACUCAUGUGAAUGUGCCAAAAUGGUUCCCCUUUGCCUUCAGCACAAGAGUGUCCUCAUUUAGUGGUCUACCCUGCCCUCAUCGUUGCCUUUUUCUGACCUGUGACAAACUUGUAUUUUUACUCAAUCUAAUCUUGACUAGUAAAACAACAUUUUUGAUAGAGAGAGAGAGAGAGAGAGAGAGAGCAAAAAAGGUGUAAGACUCAUCACUAAAUCACACCUACGGAAGAAGGAAGAAAGGUGUGGAGAUAUUGCAGUUUCCCUUAGCUCUCUUUACAUUCCUGAACAGACAAGUAAAGCGCCCUUCCUCAUAUGUGGUGGGUGAGAUGAACUCCUGUGGGAAUACUGUAGACCCCACCUGACAGCUCUCUGCCUGAACAACUGGAAGCUUUUCACAUGAGUCUCCUCCCCAGCUGAGCUGAAUUUGAAGGAAAAAAAAAGGUCUAUCAUCUGACUGGUGUUAUCUUUGGAUGGCAAACUGAUGUCUUUUCUCUAAAUAAUUUUAAUAGUCACUGUGAACAGGGAAAAUAAGACACUAAAAAUAUAAUAUCUAAACUCUAAGACAUGGAAAGGAAAAAUUGGUACUGUCCCCCUAAUUUCUGAUCCCUUGUGUUGAAAACUUUCUGUCACCAAUUUACAGUAGGCCCCUACUUCUCUUGUCCACUUACAAUAACGCUUUUUCAUCGGCAACCCUCCUAAUCCAGAGGUUACUCUCUGCCCAGAGUUCAGUCUGGCAGGCACAACCAUUCCGGCGAAGGGGGAGGAGGAUUUUCUCACGCUGGCCGCGUCCCGGCUCAGCCGUAAGAAACGUGUCAUCGGGGCUGGAGUCGGCGUGGCCAUGGUCUUGGUCCUGCUGGUGGCCAUUCCCCUAUUGGUCCACACCACCAAGGGGGGAGGGUCUGGAGGAGGGGGCACACAUUAUGAAAUGCUUGGGAGCUGCAAAAUGGUGUGUGACACUUUCACCCCCCCACAGGGAGAACUCACAGCCGUUUCCCCUCAGCCCCCAGACUUCCCAAACCGAAGGGGCAAACAGGGGUUCAGAGGGAGCCCUGGACUUCCUGGUCCCCCAGGCCCUAAGGGACCCCCAGGUGAACCUGGCAAGCCCGGCCCACCUGGUCCACCUGGACCUGGACCUGGUGGAUAUGGCCAAUCCCUCUACAGCCCCAAAAUUGCCUUCUAUGCUGGCCUCCGGAAACAACAUGAAGGCAGUGAGGUACUGAAGUUUGAUGAUGUGGUGACCAAUGUUGGGAACUACUACGAGCCAAGCACAGGCAAGUUUACCUGCCCGCUGCCCGGCAUCUACUACUUCACUUACCAUGUCCUGAUGAGAGGAGGGGACGGGACAAGCAUGUGGGCUGACCUGAAGAAGAACGGUCAGGUGAGUGGGGUUGUGAAGGGGUUUGUGUGGGUAUGAGCGUUUUGGAAAAGUUCUGCCUUUUCAAAGAAACUCUCAGACACUCAUAAAUGCAGUUACAUAACACAGAAACUGCUGAAAGAAGACACAGGCUAAUAAAAGUUUUUGCAGUUUAGGCUAAUGAAUACUUAUUUAAAAUUAGGGAAAGACCUUUUGGCCACCAAAAAAUAAUAAUUUGAAAAUGUCUUGAGUUCUUUAUCUUAAUGGUUACAAAAUGGCCACUCGGAGUAAAUGACCGUUUACCUGGUUACCAGAAAACAAAGUUCCCUGAUGAUAACAGGAAACACAACAGCAGUUUAUUCACCUCCACUUCCUUCCUCUGCAGAGUACAACGAUAUAAGACUCCAUGAAACUGGUUUUCCUAUCUCUCACAAUGAUUUUGUUGCCUCAAACAAAUGCCAGAGGGCUAUGAUACUGAAAAAAAUAAUUUGUGUGCUGAAAUGCCUGAUAAUGAAGUUGUCCUUGGUAAUGCAGUCCAUAAGUUAAUGUAGAAUUUCAUUAACUGAAGAUGGUUUCAGACGAGUUGCAAAAUUGAACUGUAUGCAUUGCACAGUUGUAGCUAAGAUUUAAAGUGUCCUUACAAUAGAACAGUGAGAGCACACUGAUGAAGAAGUUUUAGGAAAAGGAUGUUGCCUCAUAAUAUACUGAAAAAGGGGAUGAAAAUGUGCUCAGAGCAACAUUAAAGCAAACUGACACCCGCUGUAUCGUAUUUCUUUUUAAAGUUGAAUCUGAAAAGUUUAAACUGCUAAUUUACUUUGAAUGAAAAAAAAGUAGUAACAGAGUUAGGACAAAAAAAAUGAUUUCACAGUGACUUAAAUUAGCAAUUAAAUGUACAAGUUGCCACUGGAAGGCGAGGGAGAGAGAAAGUGACAGCCGAGUGAUCAGGAGGAUAACAAUCCUCCACAUCUCAGUGGAACAAAGCCAAGAUGCAACAGCUGGCUACUGUCCUCUGAGGAACUCUGGCUUUAACUCUAAUAAAUAAACAAGCAUGAAUGCCUCGAAAAAGCCUUGAACGCUUCCAUCUGGAGAUCGGUGACAAGCUUGAAGUACUAAGCCUACACUGUGGUGGGGAGUGCUGAUCCUGAUGUGUGCCACAGAACAGAGUAACGUUGUGGGGAUUAUGAAACAAAAGAAACUAACACUUAUUGCAUUGUUACAGACCCAAUCCAACUGGGUGUUUUGGUUUACAACAGUAAUUCUUCGGCAUGUAAUUUGCCGGCAGUAUGCUGCUUAGCAGUUUAUCACCCUGCUUUCUGCAGACACUAAAUACCCAUGUUAAAAGGCGUUAAAUACAGUAAGUCAACAAAUAAGAAUCUCACAAGAGUCUGCUCAAUAACUGACACCUUUCUCAGCUAUGGUUUCUUAAUUUCUUUAUAAAUCAAGAUUAUUAUGUUUAUAUUAUUUUCCUGUGGAAAAAAACAAACAAACCUGUGACCUGCAAUACAAGUCCCAAGCUUGAGCCUAGCAUUUGUGUAUUGGCACUGUUUGCUGUGGAAGUUUUAACUGAUUUUCUCCUGAGUCUUCUUGUUCAUUCACACCUGUGCUUUGUUAUCCCCAUUUAUUAACUCAAAUCCUGACAAAGGACAAUCUUUAUUUACAGUAGUUGGAGAGGUACAGACAACAAAAGAUUUAGAUAUAAAUAAAAUCAUUCAAGAAGGCAGAGUGAACCAAAAAUAAUAUAAAAGGAUUAAACAUUCGUAAUGCAAAAAAAAAAAAAAAAAAAAGUGCAAGAACUCAUUGUUAAAUAAAAUAAUCCAUUAACACAAUGGUUAAACCAAAAAGCUAAACAAUUGAAACUUAGAGAAGAUCACUUAUGCAGAAACAAUAGCAUGCAGCUAGCUUUGUUAGCUCUACCGCUGUUCGUUGUGACCACAGACUGUAAAUAGAAGCCACUGGGUGAAGCCACUGCAAGAACAGCGCCCUCUGGUGACUGGCUGCAGUAUAGGUCAUAAAUCCCAACCUCCUCUAGUCAUUCCUAUGGAGCUGUGGACAAACUUUAGAAAUUAAUGACACAGAAUAUAUAUUUUUCUCCCCGCUGGUUGCGAUGUUUACAUGUAGUUACUGUGAGACUGAUUUGUACUCAAGUCCUCUUUUUUCCGUACAGCUCAAUAUUUAAAAGUUAUGAGGGGGUUCAUGUUUUCUAUGAUUGACACUUGAUACAGCCUAUGGGCGUACGAAGGUUACGUAGCCCACCUGGGGGAUGCGCUGUUUGAGCCGAGCGACUCCCCGGCAAAAUGCAUACAAUGCUACUGCGCAAGUGGUGGUUCCAAGAAGUGGUGAAAAUCCCGGAAAUACGGAGAGCAAUUCGGCUUCAAAUUCGUACAACGACAGAAGGCGGAACCAGGUUGUCCAUAGUAUAUACAGUCUAUGGUUGUGACCCAGCCUAUGACAUCACCAGUAAUCAGAUCAGACGGUUUCAUACUGAGGAACAAAGUUUUAAAACUUUUAUUUUGGCAUUUCUUGAUGUUAACAAACAGCAAGGGCUUUAUUUUAUAAAGCGUACUUUGCACAGUUAACAGGACUGUCCAUCAUACUGGAUAACCAGAUUAGGAUCCAGAUGGAUUCAUGAAACACUAAAAGCUGCGUAUAUAAAAUUUACUUGUUUAAUUUUUGAGUCUACAAAUAUAAAAGAAAAUAUUCUUCCAGAGAAUAAGGUGAUACCUGCUGAUCCUCACUCCAGCUAACCCUAACACUAAGUUACUUUUAAGAAACUUACGCCUGGAGCCUCAAACCUGGACUAAUAUGUAACAUUUCUAUUUCAUGUUUAAUCACCUUUUUCCUACACUACACAAAUCAAACCUUGAUACUUGGUUGGAAUAAGCAUGGAGUGUUUUUAUUCUGUAAAAUUAACAUUGGUUAAAGUGAUCUAAAGUUGCACAAGAUCUGUGUGUCAUAUUUAUUUUUAGUGACUCACCAGAUACACACAACAUUGUAUUGUAGAUCAUUUUUGACUGAUCAAGUCUAUAAAAUAGUCACUUCCUGUUUUAUUGAUUUGACAAGCAGUGCUCAAAGUGCAGGGUAAAGACGAUAGACAGUUUAAUGCGAGGGUAUAAUUGGGGGGGACUUGGUUUGUUGCGUGCCUUCACAGACAUUGUCAUUCCUGUCUUCUCCUGCUGUUAAAUCUUUCAUAGCCUUUAGAUGAGAUCCUCUCGCCUCCACCUGUGCCCCCCGUCUAACACACACACAUGCAAACACACACACACUCACACACUCACUUUUAUCAUCCACACUGGCUAUUGACUUCUUCCCCAUUAAUUAUCUUUUCCAUCAUCUAAAUUAUUUAACCCAAAUCUGUGCUGAUCUUGCCCUCAAAGUGUCUUUGCUCCCUCCAUUUUUUUUCUGUGAACAGCAGAUUGAUCCAGUCAGGUACCAGAAAGAAACCUUCAGGAUAACCCCUGAAAACUUUGUUGGUUUGGGCACAACUUAACUCCUGUAGUAGCACAUUUGUUCACCAUGAACACAUAAGUGAGCAAUCUUUUGAUAUUAAUAUUUUGUUCAUUUAUUUUAUCCGUUGUCUAUUACUGCAGUGUGAGACAGAACAUGCAUUGAAAGACUAACUUCCUUUAAGAUACACCUUUAUGCUUUCUUGCCCCAUUCUUGUAUCUGUUUAGUUGAGCUAGAAUUAGCAGCAGUUGGCUUAGCUCAGUUUAAAGACUAUUGAGUGAAGGAAACACUGAAUUAGCUGGGAUCCCUCUGAGCCAAAUGGUUAUUUAAGUUAUUAUAUCACUUAACUAAAUUCCCAAACGCCAAAUCAAUUAACUAAAUUUCUUGAAAUUGAAAUCCUAUAAUUAGGAGUGACUGAAAGGAUCAAUCAUUUAACAGCCCUGCUUGAAAGUAAGAGGGAUUAUGUGAGACAAUGAAACUAAGAGGCUAUGAUAAUGAGACCUUGCACUGACCGAAGACAUCCUGCGAUUGUCGCUGUUCUUAUUAAAGAGAGGCACAUGUGUUAAAACCUUCAUGAAGCUCUUAUUAGACUGCAAACUAACCCCAAAAUGACAAAGUACAAUAUCACUGAGAUAAAUAUAACUCGAUAUAUAAUAUUACUGUCACUAGUGAGUAGUUAAUACCUCAUUACUUUUUUAAUUAGUGUGAAAUUUGAUCAAAGGAUGUCAUGUUGCUCUCAUUAUGCUAAUCUAAGCGAUCAGGCAGCUUCAGCUACAUAUUGAUCACAUAAAUCUGAGAGCAUCUUUAGAAAUUACACAUGUCGUCAAACUGUUUCCUGUUUCCAGUCUGUCUCAGCUGUUAGCAGUGUGCUCACAGCAUGGGUGGUGCACACUUACAGGUGUGUGGAUACAGAAGUUGUCCGACUGAUAUGCAGUGUUUAUCAAUGUCUUGUCAGAGUUUACUGAGAAUAAGGCAGCAGAAAUUGUCUGGACAUGGACAUUUGGUGGACAGAGAAAAGAGGGAUGGAUGUAUUUAUGUUCAUGAAAAACAGAGGCAGGAGUAGGAGGAGGAGGAGAGAAAAGACAAUAGCAGAGAGUUUUCUACCCUCUGUUAGAGCGCAGAAUUAAUGAGACCUGAAAAAGCUAUGAUACUGACAUAUUUUUAACAUUUCAAACCCAUGUUGCUGAACGAUCACCUUUCUUUUUCAUGGGGUGAAAUCUGCUCUGAUGUCUUACUGAUGUGAAAGUUAACAGCAGCGCACAAUCAAUCAAUGCAGGGAAUUUUACCCACUCUUUGGGUCCCAUAACUCAUUAAAAGUGUUGGGUGACCUUUUCAAUGGAUAUAUCAUUCACCACCAAUAUGUACUUUGCCCUUUACAGUGAUGAGCAUGGAGGAGGAGUAUGAAUAUUUAUAGCAGGUCCAGGUAGGUUGGUCAGUUGGUUGGAUCGUAGCACCCUGAUUCACACACAUACACACACCUUAGCACACACACACUCUAGCUUUGAUGACAUCACCUUAGUAAACACACAUAAAUCUAGUCUGGGCAUUCGGGUGAGGCUGUUGUAAAAGUUUAUGCCUAUUAAUGCUUGACUAUCUGCUCUGUUGCUAUAUUUGUUAACUUUUUUUAGGGGGUGCAUUGUUUUGCCUGGGACAGCUGGAGAGAGACUGGAAUUGUAGGAACAUGGGUGUGGCUGGGAGGACUAUAGCCUUUUGGAGUCUGCCCCUAAACCACUCGAAAGGUGCCCCCAAAACAAGCUUUUUAAAAGUGUUUUCAAAGGGUACAUGUUUACUUUUGACAAAUCUGCAUCUUGAUGUUAUUUUGACAAAUCCAAGACCUGCUAAUUGCAAGUCAGUCUCAGGAAGAAUUGACUUAUUUUAUGAGCUCAUAUCAUUAAUACAAUCAGAGAGAAGCUUCUGCACAGGGCUCUCAAGUCUCAUGCAUUGGGCGUGUGACACUCGCAUUCCCACCCGUUCACACGCCACACAUUGUAUUUCUCACGCAUUUAAAUGACCACAGUGACGUCCCCCAAGUUGCACCGUUUUUACAAUGGAACAGGUUGGAAUCAAGUGAGUUCCCCGAGAGUUCAGAAGCUGCGUGCUACGCACAAGCCAAUCAAAUAAAGUAGCAUUGCUGUAUCCGGGUAGGUUUUUGAUAUUUAGCCAAACUACAAAAGAAGACUCGCCGAAAUGAAGCAGGUUUCAUUUGGACGAAAAAGAUCUGAUGAUUACUGUAACUCAGUAACCUACACCUGCAGAGGCCUCAACAUCUCAUGGCAUGUGAGACGCAUAUGAUAAACUUAAGCCCUAUUCUAUUGCUAUGAACAGCAGACGGAUUUAGCCUCUGUACAGCCAUUUCCAGCCAUUUUCCCCUCCACCAAAGCAGCGAUUCCCUUGAAGUCCAUCUGUUUUUUUUUUUCUGUGGAAAAGAUGCAUUUCUCAUAUAUUCUGAUGUACCAAAAGAUUAAGUAUCUCCAUGUUUGUGAAACCUAUACUGAAGUACAAUUCAUGUAAAUGCCCCACAGCCCUCAUUUUAACAACUCUCCUCCACAACAGGUGACUUUACAUAAACUUAUAACUUUAUUCUCAUAAGUAAUCUCAAAGUUUUAAAAAGGUUUUUUUUUCUUAAUGUGGCCAUUAUAGUCCGUUGUAUUUAUUAGAUUAAUAUACUAAUACAUAAUCUUCAAUUACUCUUCACCUUUAAGAUUCCAAAAACAGACUGUUUUCUACAUGUCUUUAAUUGAAUCUCAGGCUGUGUGCUUGUACAUGAAAAAUAACUUAAAUGUCAUGUUAUUAGAUGAUUUAAAUAUACCACUAAAAAGUUGGAGUGAUGACACACUUGUCUCAUCUCCAGUAGCCAGGUGUGAUGUAGCUACUGCGAGUGGGUGGGUGGAAGUUGCUAAUUACAUGUCAGGCAGGGUGUCAAUGCAGGCCUCCUGUGUCUCCUUGUCAGACAACUUCAUAUUUGAUUUUGGCACUUUGGGAGCCCUCCUCGCCACACACACACAAAGUAUGGCGUGUUCUUUGGUGUAAUUCCUAAUCCAUAGUAAUUUUCUGUGUGCAUUGCUUUAGUGUUAGACACAGAAGCAUACGUUACCAUGGUGGAUGUGAUAUGAAAGAAAAAAAAAAACAGGUUCACAGUUUCAGACGGCGUACAGAGCCUCUCAUACAUCCUGCAGCUUGCUCUUGUUUAUCAUCUCGCCUUUUUUCUCUGACAACACACAUAUCUAUGUUCAUACACACAGCCAUUAUUUGACUAUAUGUUUCUGUUAUAAUGGCAGAGGCCAUUAUAUUCUGUUGGCUAUAAUGACUGGGCUGGUUGUUACUGUGCUUUGUCAUGCCUUUGUUGUGCCUUCUUUUUUGCUCCCUAUUAUACCGUUAUUCCUGCUCAUCAAGGAAGCAGGAUUCUGUCUCUCACACAAACAGUGUUUGUUAGUAGCAGAGGCAACAUGAACAAUGGUUGAAUAAAAACCGGGUUAUUAGAAUUGACAAGAGUCAGUAAAUCAUAUUCAGAGGUACAGUGACUUCUGACCUUUAAUUGGUUUUAUGUGACAAAAAAUGGCACUGCUUUGUCCCUGCAUACUGUGUACAGGUAUAAGCGCAAACACCUUGAAAACACACACACACACACACACACACACACACACACACACACACACACACACACACACACACACACACACACUAACACACACAAAUUAUAUUUUGGACUGUCUCAUGGGGAGAUUGUGCAAUUUAAGUUAAAUCUGAGCUUCUAUACUACUACUAUACAGUAUUUUCCACAAAACCAAUUUAUAUCCAAUUUAAGCCCCUCUUCCACCCUGAAAGGUUUUGGUCUAGCACCAAUUAGAGACUUUCUAAUCAUCAUCUUGACACCUUGGGUCUUGGGUGUCUUGGCAAAAUAUUAACAUUUAGUAUGCCAAUUAGUGUAAGCGCGUACACUUCAGCUGAAGGGUAACACGUAGACGUGCUUAAUAGAAACAGGAAACCCCAGACCAGUACACAUGUACAGAGGCAGAAAGACACAGCAGCUUCUACAAAGACGGCCAUGUCAAUUGCCCUCUUUCUUCUCCCAGUUCCCCCUUAGAGGUCCCUCAGGUAAGUUUAAGAGACCCGGUCUCAAUUGCCUCGCUCUGCUCUGAGAGGUCUGUACAUCACAGUGAAUGAAUCCUGUCAGUUUUAUUACCAGAGGAUCAAGGCACCACUGUGAAACAAAAACAAAAGUGAAAAAAUAACAGUGCGUGCACGGACAGCCCACCUCCCCAGCCUCAUUUCUAUGCCCUCCUCUGACGCGGGCAUGCUUGAUCAGUUUGUUAUCCAACAGGCUCCCUCCCCAUCACUCAAAGCCCUGCUCAACUUUGGCUUCCUUUACCCGCAUCCUGUGCUUAGACUGUUAAAAGUGCAUGCAGCUGCUCAGCCGUCUGUGACUCCUUAUCCAAAUUUCACUCCCUCACUUUCACUAUCCUACAUUUCUCCUUAUCACUACCACUUCUUUAUUACCUUUAUCUGAGAAAAAAAAUCGGAUUUAAAUAUCAUGAAGCCACACUUUGAUGCUGCCAUGAGAUAUAAUAAAAUCAUUUGGCUGAAUAAAUCUGAAAUACAGUAUGUCAGCUCUUAAAUAUGUCGCACAAAUCAGAGGCACUGAGCUGAAAAUGUAGUUUUUAUUGGGCGUUUAGUUCUGUCAGUGAAUUAUUUCCAUGCUGUAAAAUCUUUCUCUCACACACACUUUUCCCUGGCUCUCUUUCCAUUUAAUGUUGCCCCCUAAUGAAAAGUGUAGGCAGUGUAAUCUUCUCCAUUGUCCCGCGGGUCUCCCCUCUCCCCACCAGCAGCAGAUCAAGUCAGAUCAGCAUUGGGCCAACAGACAGAAAUUCACUCCCCUGUCACUAUCAAUCUCCACAUCUGUUGACAAUAAUCCUGAUUUGUCUUUCCCUCUUGUUUUCACUCCCAAAGCCCCCCGUGCCUCGUGCCCACUUUAAGAACACGAGGUUUCACUGUGAUUGCUGCUGACAGCAAACCUGCAGAUUCAUCUGCGCCGGUUUCAGAGCCACAAAAGCUCUGCAGUCUCACCAGACUGAGCUCGAACCAAGAAAUUAUAAUCAGUACAACAGGGAGGAUUCUCACUUUUAAAAAAGAAAAUUAAAGGGAUCCAGUAAAGGCUAAAACUUUGUGAAAGUGAAGUAGAAUAUUUCCAUAAGAAAUAUAUAGAAAUAUAGAGUGAUUAUCUUUUAUUAAGAGGUUUACAAAUAAGCUGGGUUGGCCUACUUAUGAAGCCAUAUUAAAGAUACAAGCAGUACACAAUGAUUGUAUUCAGAUACACAACUGACAACAAAAAAGGGAGUAGGAAAAAAGCCUGGGAGGUUUUCCUCGGGUUUGGGCAAGACUGUUUGUCAUCUGUACAGAUUUCUACAUCUGUAUGAUAAAAAACGCUCAGGCCACAACAAAAGCACUUUCUUAAAAUCUAUACAGUUUCAAGAAAUCAGUAAAAGACCUUAUUACUUUAGUUAAAACAACCUUGAAGAGAGGGAUGUGCAGAACAACAAAGCAGAUGUGCUAUCCUCAUUUUCUUGUUUUGGUGACCAGUUCCUGCUUUUAUUUAAAAAAAAAAAAAAUACUUAAUUUAUUAUUUAUUUUUAGCAUUAUUAGCAUUUUAUAGAUUCUGCAAUGAAAAUUGAUUUAGCAGCUGUGGUGGAAGUACACUGUCAAGAAUUAUAUGUCAAGAAAUAUACAUCAGUCAUCAAUAAUGCUUUUUACUGUGGUAAUUAGUUUGGAUUAGCUAAUUUCACUUGACUACUGUCGGAUAAUCUAGUGUAUAAUUGUACUGUAUUGUAUAAAUUGGUCAAAUCUUUUAGACAAAGUAUUUCUAUUUAAAACCUACUUCUGCCAAAAGCUCUUAAGUAAAUGCAAUGUGCGAAAAUUACAUGAUUUUUAUUUGAAUUUAGGUGGAGAAGUUUUACAUUUACAAUAAAUGAUAUACAGAAAUGCUCCAGCUCAAGAGUAAAUACACUCAUUUAGAAAUAAACAAAAGUACUUCAUUAAUUAACUUUUUGCUCCCAUUACUUGUUUAUAUUUUUGUUUCCAGAGUUUGUUUUUCCAAUAUAUACAGUAUAGGCUUUAUACUCCAUAUUUUCUUCAGUUGCAAGUGUCUUUUUCUAAUAAGCUGUGAUUUCUUAUUUUUGGCUUGUAAUUUUAUUUAUGCUUGACACAAGUAAAACAACAAAUUAAUCAGUUACUCACAAACUUUUAUGCAUUAGAUUUCUCAUAGCUGUUUCCAUAAUGAUGAACAAUGAGUCUUAUUAACUCUUGAUAUGCUCCUUAACUGGUAUAGCAUGAAAACUGCUCAACACUGCGAUAAUAUUUUAAAUGUCACAGUCUUUAAAAUUUAAAAUGUGUAAAAUGACUAACUUCUGGCCUGGGUUACUGUAAAUACAGGGUGGGGGGUGUGACCAUGAAUUAAUCAUAAGCGUUACACAUUAAAUGUCAGCAUCUCCGCUGUCUGAGUCGAGGCCAAGUAAACCUGCGUGUCUCACAAGGAAGUCAUCCAUAAAAAGCCAUAAAUAACAUUUUGUCCUUUUGGCUGGCAAAUAUAAUUAGACAAUGUUCAAGUUUAAAAGGCCAUUUCAAUAAGAUGAUGUGAAUUUCACAGCCGCAGCAGUUUUUACUGUCCUUAAAGAGGAAGUCUCUUUUUUCAGCAUAGUUUAAUUUCACAUUUAAGUAAGUGUGAUUGUAGUAUUGUUGUCCAAACAUGUGGAGAGGUAAACCAGAAUUGAUGUCGAUCUUAUCCUGUUCUUUUUUUUUUAUUUCAUUUUUUGAGAAAGUUACAGCAGCCUAUCAGCCUGUAACUCCAGAGAAGAUACUAUCAGGGGAAUCCUGCCAUUCAACCAUGUAGACAGAUGUUGGAUGUACAAGAUGUCAGAUUCUCUUUGCUGUUAUAUUUUUCCCAAAACCUAUUAAGCCUCCUCAGGGGAGCUGUUCAGUCCCUUCAGAGCAAAGCAGUCUAAUAGUCAAACAACAAAACGUCUUAUAUGCCAAGUGGUUUUUCUCAGGUGUUCACUUGAGAUUCAUAAAAAACAAAGAGGAAUGAGAGCUGCUCUCAGGAAGGGAAAGUGGAGUAUGUGUUUGUGUGUGUGUGUGUGUGUGAGUGGGGGGAUCUUAUCCCGACCUCCUGCUAGUGUUUCAUGGGCCUAUUUGACCACUGUAGCCUAUCCUGUGCCCCCAUUUAUUGUGAUUGUAUGGAGUUAUUGAGUAGUCAGACCUAUUAGGCCGGGAGCUGCCAUGGCUGUCCAACUACCAAUUACUGUAGCCUACAGCCGUGUAUGGCCUGCCCCAGUGCAUCUAGAGGCAAGGAGGGGUGAGGCAGAGAAGGGAACAUGUGUGUAGGGGAGUAGGGGCAAGGGGGGUGGGGGACUCAGGAGACCUGCCACAGCAGCGUGCCGUUAAUCAAUCCGAUUUAGACCGGACAGGGACACACUUAGUCGCUGCUCCCACCAACACUACCAUGUCGGGGGGGAGAGAGGAGAAAAUGUGUGCGUGACCUGCAUCUCAUUCUGGCACGAGGAUACAAAAAGAUGGAUAGAUGGGCGCAGAAUGAAGAGAUAGUGAUGGUGUAGCGAUUGGGGUGGGAUGAUGGAAGGGGGCUUGAGGUGUGGAGGGAGAGACAACAAUUAAUGGAGUGAUGUGAGUAGAAUUAAAACAAAGGAAAUGUAUUGAUCUAUUUCUGUCUGGAGGAAGGGAAUAAAUAUGUUCACUUUCUCUACAUGGACAAAAUGCUUGUAUGGAGAGAUAUAUUGAUGACGUGGGUGGGGAAAAAGACUCGCUAUUAAAUGGAGGAUGUGGAGAAAUGGGAAGUUUAGUCUUCUUUGAUUUGUCUUGCUGAUCAGGAGAGAGUCAGGGAGACUUGAUGACUGGUGGAGAUGAUGGACCAUAUCCUCUGUUAGACCCAGACCCAGAGCAGUAGACAAGGAUGAAGUGAGAGGAUUAUAUUUGCAUUCAUUAAUAUGUAUGCGCUUGUGUACUUUAUUUUCCUCCAUUAAAUGGAUUGCCUGCUUGAAUAGUUGGUUACUUACCCAAUGAUGGUGCUAUUUAUUAUAAGCUGAUUUGCUUACUGGCUGCUAAAAUGACUCAGGACCUCAGAUAGAGGUAAAAUAUGAUAGAAGCACUGUUAUAAUGAAUCAAGUUGCUCUGUUUGCCACAAACAGCUGAUUACCCGCCCUGAAACCUGAUCUCUUUAAAGUGUGGUUCACAGUUGUUGUUCUCCAUCAAAAGACCUGGCUUUAUAUCUCAUGACUGUGUGGGUUUGAUUUCAUCGAAUGAAACCAACAUCUAUAAACAAGAGCAUCAGAUCAGUAUUAGAUCUGUGUGCACUGGUAACAUGUACAUUAGUCGUUAUAUGUAAUGACUUCCUCUUAAAUGGUCGGUCGUACCAUUACAUGUUCAAUCAGGGUGUGUGAGUCUUCUCACAUAAACCCGUCCACAUGUAGAUUAAAGAGUGAAGAAUGACUCAUCAGACUGUAAUAAUAUGAUAAUUACUUUUUUAUAAUGUGUGAGUCCACAGGUUCUCUUGUCUUUGCAGCAGAUUGCGUGAUCAUUACCAUGUUGUUUUUUCUGCACCUCUGUUUUCCAUGUCUAUUUGUGUUGUUUGCAUUAAGUCAAAUAUUAACCGAGUUUGGAUCUUUCCUCCAAAAGUGUACACUAAUACAACCAGUGUAAAUGUUGAGAGGGUUGUGUUACAGUAUUUCGCUCACUUGACUGGUUUUGUCAAAGACAUAUGGCAUCAUGACAGCUGGUGCGUACACCACCUCCCACCGUGAGUGUUUGAAAUGAUCUCCUAUUCAUUGUGUAUUUGUGUGGAAAGCAUGCUGAAAUACAGUAGCAAAGACGAUGCUGGCAUUGGCUUUUUAAAGACUUGUCUUAGAUGGAUGGAUAGAUAAUUAAAGUUAAUUUAUAUAGUACUUUUCAAUAUAGAAAACAAAGUGCUUCACAACCAAAAAUAAAAUACAUGUAGAACAAACACCCAAGAAAAAUCAGAGUUGAUUAUAACAUGAAAUUAAAAAAUUAAAAAAUAAUCAAUGAUUAACCCUUUAAUGCCUUUUGUAUCAUAUUUGAUAUAUACUUUUAUGAUACCUCUAUCAAAUCAAUAUGAUCAACAAAUCACUAAAAAACACCUGAAUAUUCAUAAAAACGUCCUCCUGUGGUUUAUCAAUUUCCAAAAACAUCUAAUGUAUCAAACGAGAUAAAUAAAUAUAUUUGUUAAAUUUUAAGGACAUUUUCAUAUUUUUGGUUUUCAGUAGUAAGUGAAAUAAACAUUUCAGCUCUAAAAAAUUUUGAAUUUUAUGGCCAUAAUUUGUGGUUUCAGGCAUUAAAGGGCUAAACAUUUUUCUGUAGAAACGUGUCUUAAGCAGUGAAAGAAAAGAUGACACUGACUCUGUAAGUUCGAUCUCCUCUGUUCCACAGUCUGGGGGCUCUGACAGCAAAUGCCCUCUCUCCUUUGGUUUUCAAUCUGGACCUUGGGUGGUGAGAGUCUAAGUGAAGUAGGUCCUCUACGCACAGUGUGUUUUUUUCACCAUAAGCUGAGCUCAACUACGUAGCAGUAACUAGGAGAAAUACUAACAUCACAGAGCUACAAAGCACUAGCAGCUGCAUAAAAACGGCACACUGUGCAGUUUGCUGAACCGUCACACAAGAAGACAGUCGAAACCUUUUUCCUCUGUAAAGACAAAAUCUAAAAUCAAUACGUUUGUAUCAGACCUGAUUGAUUUCUUUAUAUAACGAGGAAGAGUUUUCUCACUUUUAUAAAACUACAGAGGAUUGGCCCUGUACUGCUUUCUUCCAUUCUUGUGAAGCCUUUUCCUGUCUUUAAGCUGGCUGUUUUAGUUUUGUAGUAUGAACCUAGCUCAUAUUCAACUGUGACAAAUAAGUACCCACUGAGCAUUUUUUGGUCUAAAAGAGGUCUAACAGACGUCUAAAUGUAGUGUAUACCACUGGUCUAAAAUCAGGCUACCACAGGACUAAAAAUUAAAGUUUUUUUACAUCUAAAUUUAGACCAAGUUAAGACUAAACCUAAAUCUGGGCUAUAUCUAAACUAUACUGUAUAUUGCUUAACGGCUAUCCUAAUUAUUUUGGAAAGUACUUGGAGAUCAGUUAUGCAACUCACAGUUAUCGAAUAAUGGGUUAAAGUGCAACAUCUAAAUUCCAUCUAAAAAUAUCUAGAUGGUUGAAAUUAGGUCUAAAAAAAACUAGACGUCUAAUAGCUGUCUAUUGCUCAGUGGGUAUGGAAGCCCUGAGAAACAAGUCAGGUGAAAAGAAAAAUCAGGAGAUGCUUUUUUUAAAAUUUGAUCUGACUUUUCUGUCAAUAUCACUCAAAACUUUCAAAAUGAGUGACCAGAUUAUUUUUCUGACUUGCCUCUCAGAGUUUUAGCACAACGAAUGUUUAUGAAUCAACAGUAAAUAUUUAGAUGAACACUCAUUCAUUGUGUCUUCUGUAAUGGCCAACCAAAUGAUCUGAAGAUAACCGUCCUCCUCAAUUUUGUCCUUGCAAUGUCCAUCAGACUGAUCUCGGCAACAGGUGGAUCAGGUGCGAGAGCAACAACCUGCCGGAAAAAAUUGAUAGUGGCUAAAAAGGUUGAGCUCUAAGAUGGAGGUUUGAGGCCAAAGAUCACUGCACAUCUCAUCUAUCCAUCCAGUGGACGGGAAAGCAUCUGUACUGAUGACAUUACACCGAGAUCACGGAAUGAAACUGGAAAUAAAAUGACACCAGAUACAUCCAGUGAAAGGGGGUCGGUCAGGUUUAGGUGUGAUACUGAAAACAGAGAUAAACCAGCUCAAAUUAUCAGCCUUUUUUUUUUAUAACAUGGGGCUUUAAAAAAAAAAUCUGAUUUCGAUUAGAGUAGCUUUUUUCAAUCGUUUUGGAUUAUACCAUCAGUGUGUUCAUUUGACCUGGUUAACAUAUAGAUAGUUGUGGCGAGCGUGCCGACAUGCAGGUGAUAAUUAGUGUCCAGGGGCUUUAUGACCAGGGACUCAAGGAAGAGCAGAUGGGAUGGGGGCGCUAAGACUUACGGAUGAGACUCAUGAAUAGACUCAUGAAUUAUUGAGUGAAAGUCAUUUAUGCUCGAGAAAUAUAAAAUUUAAGGUAUUUAUGAUCACAUCUACAAAAAAAAUUUGGAGAAAAAGGAUUGACAAUUUUGUCUUGUAAUCAUACAGUAAAUUUAUAUUUAAUUCUUAGUAUUGUUUCCUGUCAACUUAAUAGACAUGCAUUAUAAUGUUAACAACCAGAAUUUAAAAGCUGAUGAAAGUUGCAAGAGAUUGACUCUUGCAGCUGUAACACAUUUUUGUGGGCCAACCAUAAAUUUACUAUCCCCGUGUUUCCCUUUUCAAAAUGUUUACAGGAUUUCCAUAGAGUUUUGAAUCAUCCACAAAAACUAGUCUUGUGCCAAAUAACAGGUUAUGAAACACAUAAAAAAAUAUCACAAUGCUUUUUUUAUGCCUUGCAAAAGCAAACAAGACCAUCAACAACUGAACUGGCAAUGUCUCUUUUUCAUUUUUAUGCAUGUAACUGCUGUGAGUGGGGUAGAUGUUGGAGGAGCCCAUUUUCAGCCUUGUUUCUUUUCCCACAACAAGAAUCCACAGUCAGUAAUGCCUUAAGCUGUUAAGAGAGAACAUGAUGAGAUUUUUUAUUUAUUUAUUUUGUCAGGAAAGAUUACUCACAAGGUUCAACUUUGUCUAUAAGAGGUACCAAAAUGGAUACAAGCAUAAAGUUUUUCACAGGAGUUUAAAUUUUGCCCUGGAAAGCAUGAUUUCUGCACUAACACCACUGCUAAACUCUCACUCUCACAUGUUAGGCAUUAUAAUGAGAAUCAGCAACAUAUGAGUCUCUAAAAACCUCUGCAAGCUCAUUUAAUCAUGUUAUCAACAACUUUGUAAGUGCUUAAAAUCUGAUUUAUAUGUUAUUAUUUAAGAAACAUUUACAACUGGUCAUUGAAAUGUACGUUAGGAAAUAAGAUAUUAACUCUGAUACAUCAGAGGGAAAAGUUUGCCUUUUAAUAUUUUUGGUCUUUUGACUUACAGUGCUCAGCAUAAGUGAAUACACUAAUUCAGAGUUGUCAGAAAACCUUAAUUUUCCUUUCAAAAUCAACAUUUUCUAUGUCAGACUAUACAACAAAAUACUACCCCAAAUGUAGGCCAUUGAUUGCAGACAAGAUUUUUUAAGUUGCAUACAAAAAAAGUUUUUUUUUUGUUUUUUGUUUUUUUCAAUUUAAAACCAGGAUGCAAAAAUGAGUAGACCCCAAUCAAAGUUCUGAGGGAAAAGUUAAAUUUUAGUUACCAUAUUACCCUUAUUUUUAUGUUAUGGUAAAUAAAAUGUUAUGUUAAACUCAGCUUUGUCAAAUCUUUGGAAAUUGUUCUUUUGCUCAUCUAGAUAUUGAGAAAUACAUCACUUUUAAUAGGCGGUGUACUAAUUUAUGCUGGGCACUGUAUUACUUUCAUCUUCUGUCUUCUGUGAAGCUUUAUUCCCCCACCUUCUUCCUCCUCUACCUUUUUUUGUAAACCUUACAAUUAUAAGUGCUUAGAAAAAUAUCAGGUCCUUAAAUGGCACACAGAAGAGGACUGAGCAUCCCUGCAGCUAAGGUAUCAAGGUGACAACUGUAAGUCUAUGGUUAAAGUUUGUCGGGGACCUUUUAAUCUUUUCUGCCUCAUGUUUUCGCUUGCUUUAAUAAAAAACCUUUGAACCUUUGAAAAUGGCAGAAGAAAUAAACACGUGACAUGAAACGACUUUCUUGAUGGCAUUUCUUUUCACUUGCACCUUAUUAACAUUUUUCGUCUUUAUCUCAGGUCAGGGCCAGCGCAAUUGCUCAAGAUGCGGAUCAGAACUACGACUAUGCCUCCAACAGUGUCAUCCUGCACCUGGACGUGGGGGACGAAGUUUGUGUACAGCUAGAUGGGGGCAAAGUUCACGGCGGAAACACCAACAAAUACAGCACCUUCUCCGGUUUCCUCAUCUACCCAGACUGACAACAUUCAUGUCCACCCUCUCUGUAAUCAAGCAAAAAGUCCUCCCAUUUCUGCAUCUAACACACCACCCUACCAUGAUGUAACUCGUCAUUUCAAUGCUGUUAUGUACACAAAACAUGUAAUGACACGCUAACAAAUAGAGCUUGAAGAGAAUUUGUGUAAAAAUGAAUAUAGUAUUGUAUAUAUUACCAGUUAACAUGUACUUCAGAUACACACUCUUGUGUAAUCAUUAUUCUGUGCCAUGUACAGUUUGUGUAAGCAUGUAUAGAACAUGUGUUUCACAUGCACUCUUGAACAAACACAAGUGUAUACGUACACGCGAGCUGAACUUCUCCUAUCAGGUGCAACCACGAGACAAGAUGACUAUUUCAGCCACCAGUCUGAAAUCGACUGAAAUGAUCUCUGAAUGUAGCCUGUAAAUCGAAGUGUGUGUACUUGGCUGCAGCUUCUCGCCUUCACUGUGAGAUGGAUUUCCAAACAAGAAAAGUCAUGAAUAUAUUGAUUGCAGCUGAUAAUACAGCCAACGUCGUGAACAUAAUCCAGUGUGUUGUAUGUCUGUGUCCAUGCCAGUGUGCGAGCAUCUGUGUGUGUGUGUGUGUGUGUGCUCGUGUCAGGGCGAAAAAGCAUCACGUUGCAGUUAUGUUUGCUUGCACUGUGUCCGGCUUCUGUCAGGGGAAAGGAGAGGGGGGGUGUCGAGUUGUCGGUAACAGUCCCUUAACACACACAGUUUGUCAAUACUGAGGUUUAGCUUUGAGAUUUUCCCUGAGCCUGAGCUUAUGACAGAGUCUCAUCAUGUCCUGCUAAUGAGCUGAGGUGCCCAUCAGUUCACUCACACUCACACCUGACAUCUAUAGUCUGCUGUAUGACUCUGCUGGAGUAGUUAGACAUUAUAAGAAAUACAGAUUUGCUCUUUGAUGAAAAAAUACAGUAUACAGAAAAAAAAAAACUAUGACUGUAUUUUUGUUUUAUGCACGGGGUUAGUUUUGCUUACAACAAGGGCUGGAUUGUAAACAAAUUGGAAAUCAAUGUGUUCAAAUAAGGUGAGAAACCAGUUCCUACCACUCAUAACACUCAGCAGGGACCAGCUAGAGUUGAUGUUUGAACUUGAUAUCCACAAAUAUAGAAAGUUGAAGAGCUGUUACAGUUUUUGUUACUUUUUCUGUUCCUUCUAAUCCAUUUAAUACUGAAUGAAACACCCCACCAAACAUCGGACGUCGAAGAGACGUGAAGAUCAAGUCAGCAUUGAGUCGGUGUUAAAGACCACAUCUAGACGUCAGUGCGACAUGCAAAAUAGGUUAGAAAUUUCGACGUCCAAAUUGGACCUUUUUUAGACGUCGCUCUGGCGUUUAGAAUUUGGACGUCAUCUGAAGACCAAAUCUAGACGUCGGCACAAUGUGCAAAAUGGAUCCAAGAUUUAGAUGUCAUUCUUGGACCUCUUUUAGACGUUGAAAUGACGUCCACAUUUGUACCUCAUCAUCGAAAAAAUAUGUUAAAUAGAUGUCAUUUUGACGUCGCAUUGCACAGUGGGACAUUUGUGAACAGCUAUCAACACAAGCGUUACAGCACUAUAUUUUAGCAUCAGAAAAAUAGCUACAUAUAAAAAGAAUAUUUGGAUAAAAGUCAGCAUGAUGAUACGUAAUUAUGAUUAUGGAAACAUUAAAUCAGAGAAGUUUGUAUGAAGUUUGAGGCAUGUCCCAUCAGUUGGCAUGGAGGAGACAGAACUUAUGACCAUUUACUAUUCAUUCACUUCUCAUAACUCCUCCUAUUUAUCAGGGUUAAAAAGUUGAGAAUUUGUUGUUUGUUGCCCCAAUGCUCCCUCCUGAGUCUGGUCUUUUAUGCUAAGCUGAGCUAACUGGCCUUUAGGAGUAGCUGCAUACUUAAGUACAAAAACAUGGAUUCAGUCUUCUCUUCUCAUUCCCUCAAAGACAGCAAAUCAAAGUAUUUCACAAAGAGUUGAACUUUUUUUUUCAUUUUACUGUGGAGACACUCAUAUAAAGGGCGGUGUACUGCAGGUGACUGUUGUUGUGAUUCACUGCCAUGUGCCAUACCUCUAGGUUUUCUGUGCCUUACAUGAUCUAUCUAGCUGUGAGAAUGAGCAGAUUUCUGGGAUAAAAUCAGAAGUCCAUGCAAGAGUUGUUACCUCCUUUAAACAACAAAAAAAUCUAUCAGAGGACAAUGACCCCGAUUCUUCAUAAUGUACGUGGAUGUAACUCAGCGCUGAUAAAAAAAAAAGACCACAAAAUGGAGACCGAUGUUGGAUGAAGACUCUGUUUGAAUAGAAACACCAGUGGAAAUGAAUGGCAGACGCAUGUCAAUGUGUGGUGAAAAUUCGCAUUUAUAAAAAAGUAUAAAUAUAUAAAUGUAAACAAAUUAUAGUAUUUAUCAAACUUUUUUUUAUUCCCCUCCCUUUGUGCCACGUUGCAUCCUGCUGUGUGUGUGUGUGUGUGUGUGUGUGUGCGUGUGUGUGUGUGUGUGGUUUUGGUGCUGUUACCUUUGUUUACGAGCAUUGUGGUCACUGUACUUUGCAGGCUGAGCUGUGUGUGUAUUUGUUAUGUAUGAAAUCAGCAUAGAUUUUUCUCCGCCCUUGAAGACCAUGAAACACAAUAAAAAACAAGAAAAGAAA